AUGAAAUUUAUAGAAAAAAUAAAAUUCGAUUAUAUAUUUUUCUUUUUAUUGGCAAUAAGAAAUACUCAAUCAAGAACGAGGAAGUCGAAACCGUACACGGAAUUUCCAAUAAACAUUGUUGUUGGACUACCGAGCAACGAGGGAAAUGUUUUCCGCAAUCCGUUCCGGCUAACAAUUCCUAAAAGUCAACCAGUUUUUGAUGUCGCUAUUGAUGAUAUCUAUUCAAUCUAUAGGCUUUUGCCAGAAAAAAGCUUAAGUAUCAGCUAUGUGGAUACCAAUUUAAGUGAUGCGAUUGGGCCGCAGCGUAUCAUCGAACGUUACUGCGAUCGAACGAUGGAUGCAGUUAUGGGUAUGAGUUAUGUGUAUGCCUUAGCUCCAGUUGCGAGGAUGUCUCAGUUUUGGGACAAAGGCGUGCCAGUGUUCACGACGUCCGCCAUGGUUGAUGAACUUGGUGAUAAGAAGCAAUUUCCUCUACUUACUCGACUUAUGGGUACUUAUAAAACAAUUGCGAAUACAGUUUUGCAAAUCGUUGAUCGUCUUGGUUGGACACAUUGCCACUUCUUCUUUCAUGAUGAGUCGGCAAAUCGAAUGGUUUUAGGUCGAUCGGAAUGUUUCUUUUCAUUAAACGCUAUUAAAAAUGCUUUUAAUCAAAAACGAAAAGUUGUUUGGACAGUAAAUAUGUUUGACGAAAGGGAAACUUCCCAACAGCGUUAUAAAGAAAUGUUAAUAACAGCUUCUAUGAAAACGAACGUGAUAAUAUUAUGUGCUUCACCGGAUACCGUACGAGAAAUUAUGUUAGCGGCGUAUGAGCUUGGUAUGGCAACGUCAGGAGAAUACGUUUUCAUUAAUAUCGAUGUGUCGACCGGAUCACAUGCGGAGAAGCCGUGGAUUCGAGCGAAUGAGACAAAUUCGCCAGAAAAUGAAAAAGCGAAACAGGCCUAUCGAGCACUGAAAACAAUUUCAUUAAGGCGUAGCGAUCUUGACGAGUACAAAAAUUUCGAAUCUCGAGUUAAGGAACGUGCCGAGAAGAAGUACAAUUAUUCAGCUAAAAAUGGCAAAGAGUACGAAACAUAUAACUAUUUACAGAUGAAUAAUUUCAUCAGCGCAUUUUAUGAUGCAGUUUUGUUAUAUGCAAUCGCAUUAAAUGAGACGUUAACCGAGGGACUUGAUCCUCGAAAUGGUCACAAUAUAACAAGUAAAAUGUGGAGUAGAACUUUCGUUGGUAUUACGGGUAAUGUAUCGAUUGAUGAAAAUGGUGAUCGAUAUUCCGAUUAUUCCUUACUCGAUCUCGAUCCUCAACAAGAAAAAUUUGUGGAAGGUGUUCGGAGGCAGAACUAUAGCACCGCUCUGGCAUCACUUUUAAUUCGUCGAGGCGCCCCUAGUGGUGGCUCUUGGCUACAGUUGGAGGUGGCAUAUUAUUCUGGUGCUUCAAAUGAAUUGAAGCAAGUCACAGAGUUUCAUUGGGUUGGUGGCAGACCGCCGAAAGACUCACCAAUCUGUGGGUGGGAUCAUUCAAAAUGUCCGGAGGGCUAUCCAUUCUAUGUUUAUUUAUUAAGUGGAUCAGCCGUCUUUAUUAUGGUUCUUAUGUCUGGGUUUAUCUAUUUUUGGAGGAGAUAUCGACUUGAAGCUGAACUAGCAGCAAUGUCUUGGAAGAUACGCUGGGAAGAUUUAAAUGGUGACGAAAGUAAGAAGGAGAAGAAAAAAAGUAAGCGCUCAAGGAAAGUUCACGGCUAUCAAUAUGAAUCUGAAGCCCUUCUCCGAACAAAUAGUCGGUCGUCAAUAGGUAGCGAUAAGAAAAGUUCAAGUUCAAGUGCUACGAGAAAAAUAUCGGCGAUGAUUGACCGAAAAUUUAGUAUCUUUACAAGGAAGAAAUUUUCACCCCCUCUGCCAAAUAGGACGACUGAUCAACCGAUCGUUAAUCAUAAUCACGCGAACGCGGUAAGAAAUAUUUCUUUAACGCCAUAUUCAGCAAAUAAUGAAGGUGUACACUUCAAAGAUAUCGACAUCGAAAGUGCUCACCGACGGAUUUCGUCACCUCUUUCACUUGAUUUCGAUGGGAAUUCAAAGAAAAAGAAAUCACUGAAUGAUGAUGAAUAUGAAAUGCAAACGAAAAAAAGUAUAUCUUUGCGGAAUCGAAAGCUUUCAUUUGCUGGUCUCAGCAUUAAGAGUGGCGGAUCUGUUGAAACGAUUCAAAUGCAGAAUAAUACGCAAAUUUAUACGAAAACAGCAAUUUAUAAGGGUACAAUAGUAGCGGUGAAAAAAUUAAAUAUUGAUCCGAAAAAAUAUCCAAAACUCGAAUUGUCUCGCUCAAUUUUGAUGGAAUUUAAACGAAUAAAAGACCUUCAACAUGACCAUAUAACGAGGUUUACUGGUGCUUGCGUUGAUUGUCCUCAUUACUGUCUUGUGCAAGAAUAUUGUCCGAAGGGAUCACUGGAAGAUAUUCUUGAAAAUGAGAAAAUUGAACUCGAUAAAAUGAUGAAAUACUCAUUGCUGCACGAUUUAGUAAAGGGAAUGUAUUUCUUACAUGGGAGUUUCGUUGGUUCUCAUGGCAAAUUGAAAUCUUCGAAUUGUGUUGUUGAUAGCAGAUUUGUAUUAAAAGUAACCGACUUCGGUUUUCAUCAACUUCAUGCUUUAGAAGAAGAAAAUAUCGAAGAAAUCGGAGAGCACGCAUUCUAUAAAAAGAAAAUGUGGACAGCACCGGAAAUUCUUCGAAAUCCUGGCGCAUAUCCUCCAAACGGAACGAAAUCAGGAGACGCGUACAGCUUUGCCGUUAUAUUACAUGAGAUGCUUUUCCGUAAAGGGGCUUUUUAUAGGAAUGACGAACCGUCACCGAAAGAGAUAUACGAUCUAGUUCGAAAGGUACCCGGCUUUGAUGAAGAACUUUAUAGGCCUGAAAUUUUCGAAAGUGCCUUAAAUGACGAUCAAAUGGAACCAAAUCUAAUCAACUUAAUGAUUAACUGUUGGGCAGAAGACCCUCAUGAUAGGCCAGAUUUUUCGGUGAUACGCAAAGUAGUUCGAUCUCUUAAUAAAACCAAUGAAACUUCAAAUCUUGUAGAUAAUUUAUUAAAAAGAAUGGAACAAUAUGCCAAUAAUUUAGAGGGACUGGUUGAAGAAAGGACUCAGGAAUAUUUCGCUGAGAAGAAAAAAGUUGAAGAUUUACUUCAUCAACUUUUGCCACGAAGUGUCGCCGAUCAGUUGAUAAGCGGACAAGCGGUGCAAGCAGAAGCCUUCGAUAGCGUAACAAUAUAUUUCUCUGAUAUUGUCGGUUUCACUGCCCUUUCCUCAAUGUCGACACCGAUGCAGGUGGUUACGCUGCUAAACGAUUUAUAUAUGGCAUUCGAUGGCGUUGUGGAUAAUUUUAAAGUUUAUAAAGUUGAAACGAUUGGUGAUGCAUAUAUGGUCGUUUCUGGAUUGCCAGAAAAGCAUGAUAAACAUGCGUCAGAAAUAGCUCGAAUGUCGCUCGCAUUACUUCACAAAGUGAAAACCUUUGUAAUAAGGCAUAGGCCAAAUGAACAGCUCAAAUUACGUAUUGGAAUACAUUCUGGUUCGGUUGUUGCGGGAGUUGUCGGAUGCAAAAUGCCACGGUAUUGUCUAUUUGGUGACACGGUUAAUACAAGUAGUAGAAUGGAGAGUAACGGGCUGCCACUACGAAUUCAUGUAAGUAGUCAAACCAAAGAAAUUCUCGACAAAGACAGCGGGUUUCGACUUGUAUUACGCGGUGAAGUUGAAAUGAAAGGCAAAGGAAAACAAAUCACAUAUUGGUUGAAGGGUUAUAAGGAUCAGAACGUUCCUGAUUUUGGUCCAGAAUAUGCUAUCGAUUAG